UCCCUCACACACACACACACACACACACACACACAUGCAUGCUUGCACGCACAGCGGGGCACAGAACUCUCUCACACCCCUCCCUAAUACUCCUUGCCUCACUCAAGCUCUCCCUGCGCGCACACACACACACACACACUUCCCUUUAGGAGUACAACGGGACCAGACAGUUCUGAAACACACAAGCACACGCUUACUCACACAGACGGGCGUCUCUGGAGGAAUUCUUUGCUGUGGAAUCUGGGAGAGAGUGUGUGUGAGUGUGUGUGUGUGUGUGUGUGUGUGUGUGUGUGUGUGUGCUCUCCCAGUGGAAUCUUGUGCUGUGGAUUCUUUUCCAUUCCCCCAGCCGCCUCCAACACCGACGCAGCAGAGCAGCAGCAGAGCAGAGCAGCAGCAGAGCAGCCAUCGCUCCUCAGGACCCGACGCCCAGACGCCUCUCCUCUCCUCUCCUCUUCCCUUCCUAUCCUCUCUACCUCUCCUCCCUUUGCUUCUUCUCUCUCUCUCUCCUCUCCUCUCUUCUCCUCUCUCCUCUCCUCCCUCUCUUCUCCUCUCCUCUUUCUCCCUCUCUCCUCUCUUCUCCUCUCCUCUCUUGUGAGUCACCUGCUGCUGCCAGUCAGACAGCUCAUCCUGCUGUUAGUGCAGGACCUUCCAACAGUCUCCAGGACCUUCCGCUGAUAACCAGGACCUUCUGCUGGUCACUGAGAUCCUCCGCUGAUAACCAGGACCUUCCUCCGAUAACCAGGACCUUCGGCUGAUAACCAGGACCUUCCGCUGAUAACCAGGACCUUCUGCUGGUCACUGAGAUCCUCCGCUGAUAACCAGGACCUUCCACCAAUAACCAGGACCUUCCUCCGAUAACCAGGACCUUCCGCUGAUAACCAGGACCUUCCUCCGAUAACCAGGACCUUCUGCUGGUCACUGAGAUUUUCCUCCGAUAACCAGGACCUUCGGCUGAUAACCAGGAUCAUCCGCUGAUAACCAGGACUUUCGGCUGAUAACCAGGACGUUCCGCUGAUAACCGGGACCUUCCGCUGAUAACCAGGACGUUCCGCUGAUAACCAGCACGUUCCGCUGAUAACUGGGACCUUCUGCUGGUCACUGGGACCUUCAGUUCUCUGUCCCACCCACUGGUCCUGCAAUUCUUCACACACUGGUCAUCUGGUCGAGCAGUGGUGUGGACUGGUGGUGUGUGUACUGGUCUUGCAGUGCGUGUGUGUGUGUGUGUGUGUGUAGUGUGUGUGCGUGUGUGUGUGUGCGUGCGUGUGUGUGUGUGUGAGGGCUAGUCCAGUGUGGGGAUGCGCUGGAUCCUGGUGCUGCUGCUGGUCUGGGCGCUAGGUGGGCGGAGCCAGUUGUGUGCGGGGGGGAGGGGCAAGGGACGCAGGUGGCAGAAAGACGUCCAGAUCACCGAGUUGCUCAACGCCACGCUCACCAGCACAGAGGAGCGCAAGAUUACGGAGCUCCAUGCAUUAGAUCCUCAGGGGUCCUGGAGGGAUUUUGUCAACCGUCCGGAUGACUCGCUUCAACGUCGGUGCCGGAACAAAAAGAAAACUCUGCCAGGUCCCCCCGGCCCCCCAGGACCUCGGGGCCCCCCAGGAUUGCCAGGAGCAGCCGUCACUCAGAGCGUCCUCCUGCAGGAGUUCAAACAGAUGAUCAGAGAGGCGACGCAGCGGAGGGAGCUGGCAGUUGAGGGAGGAACAAGCCCCACCCCCUCGGCAGGACUGGUUGCCCUGGGAGACACAAUGUAUCUGCGGCGGAUCGAGGAGGCCUUCCACUGCAAACUAAAACAGCCAAUCAUAGUGGAGAAGAGAGGCAUGGCAGAGAUGCACAACUUUCAGAUACCAAUGGCGAAAGGCGGCUUUGUGAGGGGGGCGGGACUUGACCUCUCCUCUGGACGCUUCACCGCACCACUGACCGGCAUCUACCAGCUCUCCACCAACCUGCACAUCAGCAGAGCAGAUCAAAGUGAAACACUCAGAAGCAGAGGUCAGCUGAGACCACAGGAGCAUGUACUUGUUCACAUCUGCCUCGAGUCCCUGUGCAACAGACACAUAUCCCUGGAGAUGGUGGCCAGCCUAGAGGGCAAGGGACAUUUCUUCACCGUGUGUGUCCAUGGACUUCUGGAGCUACAGGUGGGGCAGUACGUGUCUGUGUUCGUGGUCAAUGAGUCGGCGUCUCCCAUCACGGUCCAGGCAGGAUCGGACUUCACCGGCCUUCUGCUGGGCUUGUAGUCUGGACACUUCCAGGACCCGUUUCAGCUUCGCAGCUUCAGCCGAGCUGCCGCGCCUCAGCCUGUGGGAUGCAGGGCGUGAGAUUAUUCAUAUGAUAUGAGAUCAGUAUGAGACCAUCCAUAUGAUAUGAGAUCAGUAUGAGACCAUCCAUAUGAUAUGAGAUCAGUAUGAGACCAUCUAUAUGAUAUGAGAUCAGUUUGAGAUCAUCCAUAUGACAUGUGGUCUGAAUGAUAUGACCAUGUUGCAUUCGGUUGCUGAACAUAAAGAACUCCUAUAACUUCAAAUACCCACAGCCUCAUACUCUCAACACACACAUACUCUCAACACACACAUACACUCAACACACACAUACUCUCAACACACAUACACUCAACACACACAUACUCUCAACACACACACACACAUACUCUCAA